AUGGCGGUGUCGGGAACGGAAGCUGCGACGACGGAGCCUGAGGAGCUCGAGGGAGAGCCGCGCUGGUCCAGCAUCCGCUAUGCGCCGCAUCCGUGUCCUGCGCAAUGGUCGCGCGCUAUUGACGAGAAACUGAUGCUGCUGGUGACGCAGUCCACAGCCAGUGGAGAGAGGUUCCCUGUCGGUGUCAAUUGGCUGGAAGUUUCUCGAGUGGUGCGGCGUUCUCCUGUAGACUGCGUGAAGCGCUACGCCUUUCUACACGAUGCUCGAGAGCGAUAUAGCUCUCUGGAAGGAGAGCAUAAAGUGGAGAUGAAAACAGAAGCAGAAGAGGAGACUGGAAGGCUCGAAGAGGAGAUAGAGGGAGCGCUGUUAGACGAGUAUCUGGAGGAGCAAACGUCGCUCAGCGACUUUGGGACGCCCGUAGCCUCGCCAAAGCUGCAGUCGCUCGACACAUCUGGAGAAUUUGUGGGGAGCGCACCGACAUCUCCCCGAUCUCCUCCACCGUUUGCAGUGGCAAGACCUACUGUUGUUAGGCAACCAGGAGCUGUUAUGCCUGGAGGAAGUCCGUUCAGAUGGGAGAGUCUGGUGAAUGACCCGAAUUAUACAGCGCCCGUACUCAACUCGCCGCCGAGUCUACGUCACAAACAGAGCUUUCAAGGUCGUUUUGGACUCGAAGACGACGAAGCCAAAGUGCUGUCUUCGGCGUCGUCACCAAGACUGUCUCCGCGAGGAUUCAUUUCACCCCCAGAAUCACAGGCUGAGAUUGGCGAAAUGGGAGCUGAUCCAAACUACUCUGCUACAGUUCUCACGCAUGCUUUCAAGGGGCUGAAAUUGGGGGUACCGCUCGGUUCACCACCGUUAGGUUCGCCUCUCAUCGGCUCUCCUCGCCUAAGUCGAAAGAUUUCCAACUCAGAGUACCCCUUCUUGAAGGAAGAAGACAUGUCUGCUCGUCAGUCUGCAGCGAGCAGCGCAAACAGUUUCCGUGGUGUUGGAGGAGCGGACGCUCGAGCUGCAGCAGCUCCAUUUUUGAAUGACGCGUACGGGUCGGCACCAGAUAAACGGAGUUCGCCUCGCUCGACAACGCCCUCACCGGGAAUGCGAAGAUCGGGUCUAGGAUGGUCAUCUUUGCACUUAUCGCCACAGAGGUCCCAGCAGUCAUUUUCAUCACGUAACUCACCAGCGCCUUUUUCCAACUCCACCAAUCGCGGUGCUCGUUCUCGCUCUCCGAGGUAUGACAACUACCCGGCACGAGUGUUUGGAGUUCUUGAUCGAGACAAUGAAGGGCGUAUCGGCGUUAGUCAAAUCCUACAGGGGCUUAGACUACUCGGCCUACCAGCGACGCACAACCAGAUCUCCGACUACGUCUAUCUCAUUCAUGAGGGUCGGCACAACUCAAUCGAUCUCGAAGAAUGGGAAAUACUAACAAUCAUAUCAGCUGAACAUGAGCCCAUUCCAGAUGAUGACCCCUAUCUUGAGGAAAUCCAGAAUCGAAUCGAGGGAAUGUUUGAGAGAGCACAAGCAACAGCAGCCUUACGAUGGGCACCUGAAUCUGGAAAUAAUCAAUUUGAGAACGAAGCAGGCCACUCCAGAUCGGAUCGUUUUCUGAAACGAGCAGCUAAUGUCGUCUACAGUCUUCGGGCCUCUCUGUUUCCGCUCGUACACCAAGCUGAGACCACUCUCCGAGAAAUUCAGCAGCGGCAUGGCUCGAAGUUGUCACUGUUUCUUCCUCCACAAGACAUGGCUACGAUAGCGCAACAUUCAGAUGUGCUCGCAACGGCCAUUUUGGACGACAUCCUACUGGACACGGUGCAGUUGCUUAACGAGGACGACAGACAACAGUCUUACCACCGGCUAGAAGCUCACCACGCCGAUCAACUUGACGAUAUAUUGGCUCGCAUUCACGAGAUCAAACGAGAGGAGGACAGCAUGAUUCAUCAAGGACUGGCACUUGGCUAUCAAACCCAAGGUGUAAAAUGCAAUCUUCCGACUGCGUCACCGCAACAAACGUUGUUUGCAGAAACGACGGUGGGAACUUCAAUCCUACAAGGUAAACGUCUCCAGUCCAUCGAGCGGAAAAGACACAAGUUUCAACACCACCGCCGUCUUGUGGAAUCGUCCCUCGCUGAGACUGGAAUGACGCAAUAUGCAGUCAUUGAAAUACUGGAGGAAAUGCUGCUGGGCGAUCUGAUCGAGGAGACCACAACAGAACUCAACAACACCCUUAUCUCUCUGUCGGACACAUUGCUGACCAAUUUGCUGUGA